AUGGCCUCCAGCCCGGAGGAAGACCUUUCGUGUCCUGUUUGCCAGGACAUUUUCAAAGACCCGGUCGUCCUCUCGUGCAGCCACAGCUUCUGCCGGGCCUGCCUCCAGUCGUGGUGGGCGGAGAAGGAAACACGACCGUGUCCGUGCUGCCAGAGGAGGUCAUCGAGGACUGACCCUCCUCGCAACCUGGCGCUGAAGAACCUGUGCGAGGCCUUUCUGAGGGACGGGGAGCGGCGGGCAGCAGCAGGGUCCGAGCACAUGUGCAGCCUGCAUGGUGAGAAGCUCAAGAUCUUCUGUCUGGACCACCAGGAGCCGGUCUGCGUGGUCUGCCGGGACUCCAGGACUCACAGCAACCACCGGUUCAGACCCAUCGACGAGGCGGCCCAGGACCUUCGCCGGGGGCUGCAGAGAGGCCUGACACCCCUCCGGGAGAAGCUGAUGCUCUUCCAGCAGGUGACGGAGGACUGCCUCCUCACUGCAGACUACCUCCAAGUCCAGGCCCGGGACACCGAGGAGGAGAUCCGGCAGGAGUUUCAGAUGCUUCACCAGUUCCUGGAAGAGGAAGAGAAGGCGAGGGUGGAGGCGCUGAGGGAAGAGGAGGAGCAGAAGAGUUGGCUGGUGAAGGAGAAGGUGGAGGCUCUUACCCAGGACAUGGACACUCUUUCAGACACGAUCAGAGCGAUGGAGACGGAGCUGAGAGCCGGAGACGUCUCGCUGCUACUCAACUACAAGGUGGCGACCGGGAGGGUCAGGCAGGGCCCAGUUCUGCAGGACCCGGAGCCGGUUUCAGGGGCUUUGAUAGAUGUGGCCAAACAUCUGGGCAACCUGACCUUCAACAUCAUGAAUGAGAUGAAAGACAUGGUGGGCUACAGUUCCAUGAUCCUGGAUCCAAACACCGCCGACGCAGAGCUCGUCGUGUCUGACGACCUGCUGAGUGUCACAUUCGUGGGGUCGCCAGAUGUGCCGAGCAACCCGGAGAGGACCAGGUUCCCCCGCAGCGUCCUGGGCUCCGAAGGGGUGGAGUCAGGGACUCAUGGGUGGGUAGUGGAUGUUAAAGGCAACACUGACUGGGAGGUGGGAAUGCUGGAAGCCGAUGGUGGCGACACAGCGGAGCCGCGGCGGUGGAGGAUUUCACUCAAGGACGGUAGAUACAAGGCGUUGGCUGGAUCGGGCUCGGAGCAAGACCUGCAGGGGCAGGUACCCCGGAGGAUCAUAGUUUAUCUGGACUUCGACGAGGGGGAGCUGUCGUUGUUGGAUCUUGAAACAGAAGAAGCCGUGCACACCUUCACGCACUCGUUCACGGGCGUGAUGUUUCCUUACAUGUACACCCGGAGCUCAGUCCCACUGAGGAUCCUGCCAUGCAAGGUUGCCAUGACGACACCGAGUUGGGAAGUUCAGGAGGUGGAACCAGACCCUGAACCCUGAGACGAGUCAACAUGGAAGGUUGUAUCAUCGUCCGCCUCGUUUGCAUUUGACAUUCUUGUUGGACAUGUGGACUUGUGGACUCUGACUGGGAAUCGUUCAGCUCCAGCGUGUCUCAGCGUUUCAGUUUGACAUCAAAACAUUGGGACGUUUGUUUGGCUGAUCUGUGAAUGUGAAUCCAGGAACGAUGCUUCUGGAUUAUGAUCUAAUAGUAACUCAGUAUUGUUGAUAAUGAUGAUUGAUCAUGUGACUGGUGACGGGAUCUUGGUCUCAGAUAAAUAUUGAUGACUGAUGUCUGAUAAACAAGCAAAGCCACUCUGUAGAAAUACCACGUCUGACUCAUGGGGACAG